CGCGCUGAAGCAUGGCGUCGUCGUCCAAGCUGGAGGAGCUGGAAUUAACCCGCGAAGAGGUGGACCGCUUCUCUAAAGCGCUGAAAGAUGAAAAGUUCAGAAAAAUGUUAUCCGACUAUGCGGAGGAAAUCUCUAAACCGGAAAAUAAGAAGAAAUACGAAGAGGAAAUAACCCAGCUGGAGCGAGAAAGAGGAGUGGAUGUAAAGUUUGUGCACCCCAUCCCGGGCCAUGUCCUGAAGACCAGCGUUAACGGUGACAAAAAAUGUUUCAUCAACGUCUGCAGCAAUGAUCUGAUAAAUAAACCCACUUGCGAACCGGCAAAGGGCAACGACGGGGCACUGGGGCAACAGUGGUCUCUGCCCUACAGCCUCACGCCUGGGAGGGAAGAUCUGGCUGCAGAGGGUAAAAAAUAUCUGAUUUAUGAUGUGGUGUUUCACCCGGACACUCUGUACAUGGCUGACAGGAAUAAGAAGUUUAGAAAAAUGGUGGAUGAAAUUUCACUGGACGCGAUAGAGAAGCAACUAAAUGCAAAGCUGGAUUUGAGAAACGUUAAAACUUUGAAAAUAAAAUAUAAGGGGUUGCCCCACUCUGCUGUUAUUCGCAAACCACUUCCUGGUGGCCCUAAGGAAAUUCCAGAAGAAGACAGUCCUUUAAGGUUCCCUUAUCCCUACGAGCUUCCAAAAUCAGAAAAGACCACUCGAAGCGAUAUCAAGAAUAAAAGUACGACUGAGAUAUCAAACGCCUUUGGAAAGGAUCAGAAUAAGAAAAUGCAGGACAACAAAUUUACCCAACCUAAAUACUCCAUUGUUUACCGAUCAUCUUUUGACUUGCAAGAUUAUCGAUAUGCCCGCGAUGCUGUCCCUAGUACCAGACCUAAAGAACUUGUGGUGACUAUCGACCUUCCUCUGCUUAAUUCUGUCGAGAAUGCUAGUUUGGAUGUGACCGAAAAAUUGUUAUGUUUGGAGUCGCAGAAACCAGCUUAUAAACUUGAUUUGACCCUCCCAUACCCGGUAGAUGAAAAUCAGGGGUCGGCUAAAUUUAACAAAUCCAAGAGACAGCUUGUGGUUACUUUGCCAGUUGUUCCUGCAAAGCAAGUCCUAGAACUGGGAAAAUCCCACGAUAGUGACUUUGAGCCGGCAGGGAAGGACAGUGAAUCCAUGGAGAAUACUGACGAGUCAGUACUGAUACCAGAAAUGAAUAAAUUUGAAGGAGAUUCCCAAGAGAAAUAUGGACAAAAUGAUACAGCUUGUAUAAAUUAUGAAGAUGGGUGUAAGGAUUUUAAUUGGGAGCAAUCUCAAACUAAUGAACACCUUGGAUUCAGCCACAUUACAGCAUCCAUCACAUCAAGUGUGAAAGUAACUACUACUAUUUCAAGUAAUCACUUUCUGAAACCAAAUGAUGUGAUUGUUUCUCCCCAGAUUGUCUCAGAAGUGGAUUCAGAAGGACAGAAGAACCUCCCUGAGGAAGGUGCAGUAACUUCUAAUGAUAAAAGUUAUGUGGCUCAGGAAAGGCAUUGCAAUAGUACAAUAGAUGGACAAGUAACUGAGCACCCACAAGUAAAUUCAUCUGAAAAUACCAAAUCCUGCUCGGAAGACUCUUUAAAGGAAAAUGAAGCUGUGUGUCCAGAUUUCCAUUACCAUCAGAAUGAAAACUCGGUUACAUUUAUACUGCAAGUGAGAAAUAUCAAUGAAAAUAGUUUGAAAUCUGUUCUUCAUACCCACAAUUAUAACAUGACUUUUGGAACAACACACUCAGAUGCCUUAUAUUCGUUGAUUAUUCAGUUUCCAUCUGAACAUCAGUUGGACACCAGAGAAAGCAUACUGAACAUAUCAAAAGACAAUGCCGCAGUGGUGUUAAUGAAGUCAUCGGAGAGCCGAGGUUCCUGGCAAAGCUUUUGUGCUGGAAGUACACACAACUCCUUGCAGCACAAGUUGUUUGUAACUUCAGAAAAUGCUGAACAAUUCCUGAGUACUUCCUUAAAGAAAACAGACCCUGCUGAUCCAACUGAAAAAUGUUCGGCAGAGUUGAGAGUGUCAGAAGUCUGUGAAAGUGGUCUGGUUAUUUACUCAAAGUUUCAGCAGCAAGAGGAGGAUGAAAUCAUCUCUCAUGCAUGUGAUCUGAAUCACAGUACAGCUGGCAUUACUCCAUCAAACCUUCAGCAACGUGGAGAAGAAAUGGGCUUGACUGAAUCUAUUGCAAGUGAUAAAAAGGCAGAGAGGGACCCAUCAUUGUCAGAUGAUGGUGUUGAAUUUGUAUCCAAUCAACAAGAUGAACUGGUUAUCCUGUCAGAGAAUUGUGAUAAUUCUGUACAUUUACACAAUUCAUCAGAAGGAACAAGGGUAAUUUUGAAGCCUGGAGUGGACCAGGUAUCUGAAAGUGGCUGCAUGAAUCCCAUUGAUGGGAAUAAGCUUGUUAGUGAAAUUGAAGUUGAAAGUCAGUCACCCUCAGAGCUUGGUGUACUGCAAGCAGAGGAUCCAAUAUCUGUGAAUGAUGAGUCCUCAGCCAGUUCUGUGUGUGCAAAAAGGGAGGGCGUUGAUAAUGAGUUUCUUGAUGAAGAUGACCUUCCAGCUGAUCAAAUGAAUGACAAUCAUUCAGAGUUUGUUAAAGGAACAGCUUCAUUCCAAGUUCUGGAGGAAAUUGAUCAUGCUGAUAAAAGUGUGAAGGUUAUUUGUGACCAUACAACACAUUCUGCAUUCACCUUUCAGAAUACUGAACUUUAUCAGUUAGAUUAAAGAAAAACUUCUAUUU